AGCAGAGAGACAAAAAAUUCACUGAUUAAACUGUGUUUCACAUAAGCCUAGUGUUUGUAAAACAAUUUGGCUCAUCGAACAGAAUGGGUAGAGAGAGAAAACUCCAUUAAAGAGAGAAACUUGAACUUGGAUAGAAAGUUAGGUUACUGCCCAAAAAUAAAACCUAGUUGCCUAAGUGAAACACAGUUUUAUUAAUAGUGACGUUUUCCAUUAAUCCAUUCAAAAUUACUUUUUUCCAUCUGGGUUUUCGAUUUUAACUUCUGGGUUUUCUUCGGUUUUCUUGUUCUUGUUCUUGUUCUUCUUCCAUUGGUGGUUUGCAUAUAUACAUAUAUAUUUCUUUGUGUGUCUCUCUCUCACAUAGCUGCAGCCUCGUCUGUUACAUCUCCGCUGUGCACGUGGCUUGUGGUGCUUGCAUGUCGGUCACAUCUCCGCUGUGCACGUGGCUUGUGGCUGCUUGCAUGUCGGUCGCCGGCAAAUGGGGUCGGUGGAAGAGGGUGUUCUUGUAUAAAUGUAGCUCCGAAUUGCAGAGCCAGGGGGACUUGAUUUCUGGAUCCAGUUUUCAGGGCCUCAUGACUUCUUGCCUCGCUUCCUUUUCCUCUCUCUUCGGAUCCAGCAAUGUUCGUGUUCCUUCAAAUCGGAGACACACCCGUUUCAAUCGAGCCGUCCAUUCAGGGGAAGCUAUGGCUGUUGCUGUGCAACCUUCCAAGGAAGUCGCAACAAAAAAGAAACCAGUCACAAAGCAAAGGCGAGUAGUUGUGACAGGGAUGGGUAUGGUGACCCCACUUGGUCAUGAUCCAGAUGUCUUCUACAAUAAUUUGCUUGAGGGUGUCAGUGGCGUAAGUGAGAUAGAGGCUUUUGAUUGUGCCCAAUUUCCAACGAGAAUUGCUGGAGAGAUCAAGUCUUUUUCAACUGAUGGAUGGGUUGCACCAAAACUUUCCAAGAGGAUGGACAAAUUUAUGCUUUACUUGCUUACUGCUGGGAAAAAAGCCUUGGCAGAUGGUGGAAUUACAGAAGAUGUAAUGAAUGAAUUAGAUAAAGCGAGAUGUGGAGUUUUGAUUGGCUCAGCAAUGGGUGGCAUGAAGGUUUUUAAUGAUGCGAUUGAAGCAUUAAGGAUCUCAUACAAGAAGAUGAAUCCUUUCUGCGCACCAUUUGCAACUACAAAUAUGGGUUCUGCCAUGCUUGCAAUGGAUCUGGGAUGGAUGGGGCCAAACUAUUCUAUCUCUACUGCUUGUGCUACAAGCAAUUUUUGCAUAAUGAAUGCAGCAAACCAUAUCAUUAGAGGUGAAGCUGAUGUGAUGCUUUCUGGUGGCUCAGAUGCAAUGAUUAUACCUAUUGGCUUGGGAGGUUUAGUGGCAUGCAGAGCACUUUCCCAGAGGAACAAUGAUCCCACAAAAGCAUCGCGCCCUUGGGACAGUAAUCGUGAUGGAUUUGUUUUGGGUGAAGGAGCCGGGGUUUUGCUCUUAGAAGAAUUAGAGCAUGCUAAGAGGAGAGGUGCAAAUAUCUAUGCAGAAUUUCUUGGUGGAAGCUUCACUUGUGAUGCUUAUCACGUGACUGAACCACAUCCUGAUGGGGCUGGCGUUAUCCUUUGCAUAGAAAAGGCAUUAGCUCAGUCUGGGGUAUCUAGGGAAGAUGUGAAUUACAUAAAUGCACAUGCUACAUCCACACCAGCUGGAGACCUAAAAGAGUAUCAAGCACUUCUUCAAUGUUUUGGCCAGAAUCCUGAGUUAAGAGUGAAUUCUACAAAAUCUAUGAUUGGUCACCUAUUAGGGGCAGCUGGUGCGGUGGAAGCUGUUGCAGCGAUACAGGCAAUACGAACAGGGUGGGUUCAUCCUAAUGUCAACUUGGAAAACCCAGAUGAAGGGGUGGAUAAAAAUGUGCUGGUGGGCCCAAAGAAAGAGAGACUGAACAUUAAGGCAGCGUUGUCUAAUUCAUUUGGGUUUGGUGGUCACAAUUCAUCAAUCAUAUUUGCUCCUUACAAGUGAAAGACCUGGCAGGCUACUCCAACCUUGCUGUAAUGCUGAAGGUUUGCUGUUAGUAUUGAUGGGCUAGCAACAUCUUGGAGUUGGUGAAUAGUCAUGAAAUGUUCCUGUGUACCAAUCGUCAAUUUGUUUAGUUGCAUGGCCUCAUGCAAUAGAAUUACUUUGGGACGGCUGGUCAGGAAAGAAGAUGGAUGGCCCUGGAUUGAGAUAGAGAAAGCUUCAAAAUUAACGUGUUGGUUAUCAUGAAAUACUCUUGCUUCCAUUGUUGUUAUAAGUUUUUCCUUCUAUCAUAGACAAAGCUAUAAGUAGGGCUUGAUAUACUUGAUACUUGCCAUUGAAAUUUGAACCACCACUACCUGGCAGUAUUGGCCUGUUUAAGUUUUGUUUUUCAUGUACAUUUAGAUGGCUGCUCUAAUUGUAUUGAUAGCCAUUUGUAAUGAAUUUUGAGUUGGCAGUUGCAUAG